CAGGGGCGGACUGACCAUUUGGAAACUCGGGCACUGCCCAAGGGCCCGGGGUCAGUAGGGGGCCCCAUGAGAUGCCCCUGGUACCUUUUUCAUAGGCUUUUUUGACUUUGGACAAGGACUCAGGUGCCCCAUGAUCCUCUAUUGCCUGGGGGCCCCAUGAGCUGUCAGUCCGCCCCUGGCCCUAACUUUAUUUUUUACACUUUUUUCACUGAAACUUUAUUUAUAUCAUUUAGGAGACAAAAAGUCCUCUACAGAUAUAAUGCCCCUGGUACCUUUUUCAUAGGCUUUUUUGAGUGUGGGCGAGGACACAGGGGCCCCAUGAUCCCCUAUUGCCCGGGGGCCCCA